CCUACAAAAUGCUACGUCCCUGACUCACAAAUGUAUCAAAACAAAACCCUGAAAGUUUGUAUUGUUCAUUUAAAAAGCAAAAAUAACUAAUUAAUCUGUUUAUUUUAUUAUAUAGUGAUUUUAAAUAUCUUAUCAUUACGUUUUAUAUAAAAGAAUGUUUAAAAAGUAUUGUAAAAAGCAGAAAAUUUUCAAAAAUUCAACAACUUUAUUGUAAACAAAUUUUAUCAAAUAAAACAAAAAUGAAGACAGGACAAAUAAAAUGUUUAAAAGAAGAAUUAGACCUUGGAAUUACAUUAAACGGUGGACAAAGUUUUCGAUGGAUCAGUUUAGAAAAUGAAAAAACUUACAGAGGUGUUUUUGCGGGACAAGUUUGGACUUUAAGUCAAGAUGACAAUAAUCUUCAUUAUACAAUACAUGGACCUUCAAAAAAUAUAAAUUGCGAAAAACUAUUGUCAGACUAUUUUCGCUUUGAAGUUUCACUAAAGACGAAUUUAGAAAAAUGGUCUGCUGACGAUAAACAUUUUAAAAAAGCCCUUGAAAAAGUUGAUGGAGUAAGAAUUUUAAAUCAAGAUGUAGUUGAGAAUCUUUUCUCUUUCAUAUGUAGUUCAAAUAAUAAUAUAGUUCGAAUUUCCAGUAUGGUUGAGAAAUUGAGUCGUUUCUUUGGGGAAAAAAUUUGCGAUCUCGAUGAUAAAGAAUAUUACGAUUUUCCAAAAAUUAAUUCACUUGCAGCAGACAAUGUGGAAUCAAUAUUAAGAAAAGAGGGAUUUGGAUAUCGUGCUGCCUAUAUUGCAAAUACAGCAAAAAAAUUAUUAGAAUUAGGCGGACGAAAAUGGUUGAUAAAUUUUCAUAAAAAUAGUUCAACAUAUAAAUUGGCAAAGGAAAAUCUCAUAACUCUAUCUGGAGUUGGUCCAAAGGUUGCAGAUUGCAUUUGCCUUAUGUCUUUAGGACAUUUAGAGGCAAUUCCAGUUGACACACACAUUUAUCAAGUUGCUAUGGCUAAUUAUAUGCCUCAUUUAAAAAAGCAAAACAGCGUCACGCCUAAAAUUCAUCAAGAAGUAAGCGAACAUUUACGUGAAUUAUGGGGUCCUCUCGCUGGAUGGGCUCAGGCAAUUGUUUUUUGUGCAAAAAUUAACAAUCAAUCAUCAGUGUCACUGUCAGAAAAAAAGCAAACAACAAAGCGGAAAAACGUCAGUGACUCAGUGAAAACAAAGAAACAAAAGGAAAAAUGAAAUAAUGAUAAGGUAACAUGAAUAAGUCAGAUUUAAAAAAUUUUUUUUAUUACGUAGAACAAUUUAUAAAUUAACAUUUUUUUGAAUAAAUAAAUAUUUUCAUAACUUACAAA